CAUUGUGGGGAUAUUUUACAAGUGAUGUGCAAUAAGCGAUAAAAUACACAGGCUGCUAUGGCUUCUACGUCUGAGACUGAUGAGCUUGAAAACGAUUUUCCAAUAAUACCAUUGGAAACAAACGGCGAAACAGACGAAACUGUUUUAAAAUGUUUGAUAGAAGUUGCUUUGCUUUCGGUUGGCGGCGUUCCUAAUAUAAACAGGUUGAACUUUGAAGCAACCAAAGGGAAAUUCAAAAAGGUAUUUCCAUGGGAAACUCAUUUCGAGACGAAGAGAGCAGGAAGUACGAUUGAUCUCCUUUUCAUCACGAAAUUUAACACGGAGACUGAAGGUAAGAGUGAAAAAUCGAAAUCUGGUUACAGUUACAAUACGGACAUUGACAUGCUUUUCAUUCCAACAUCAGUAGCUGUUGUGAAUGAUGAAACCUUCGUCGAGGACAAUACCAUUGCAGUGAUUGAACCAACGUCCCAAACCAGUUAUAUAAACCUCCGAUAUAAUGAAAACUGCAAUUUCAAAAUUUCACCCAGCAUUCUUUCGACUAAAGAAAACACUGCUGACAGAUACAUAUCAAGUCAGAAACUGUUAAGAACAAUGCAGAAACACAUGAAUGUUAAACAAGAAGCUGUUGAAAUUGUCGGUCCUAGUUUAGCUGUUCUACCAGAACAAAUGGAAAAGGUUCGAGAUUUGAUGACCUCUGUAGACAUAGUGUUUGCUUUCCGAAACAAAGACUGGCCAAGUCUUGGGAUAGAAUGGAUAACCAGAGAUCGACCGAAUGACUGGCCACCAAAGAAGGAUUUGGAUGAGCUGUAUGCAACGGGAAGCCAUGUAGUUCCCAAAUCAAACAAAUCAUCAUCCCCUGAAGAAGCCGACAUAAUGUGGAAAUUGUCUUUCAACCUCGCUGAGAGACGUUUAGCAGAAUUAAUGGACACAAAACAAAGGUAUUGUUUUCUCAUUGUGAAAGGAAUAGUGAAAGAUUCAAAAUCCAAAGCUCUGUCGUCGUACAGUUUAAAGAAUGUUUUAUGGUGGAUGCUUGAAAGAGGAGAUUCGACUAUUUGGACGGCGCAAACGAUUGGCCGAUGUCUCGAUGCGUAUCUAUGUGAGCUCAUACAAGCUGCAAAGAACCAUAAAAUUGAGAAUUUCUUCAUGCCUGGUGAGAACCUGAUAGAACAUGUCGAUAAACGUUCAAUGGAGGUGCUUAUUCACAGGCUUGAAAAGGCUAGAGGAGCACCGAUGUCUGCCAUUAUAGGAAACACCAUUCUAACACAGAAUCCAGCACGUGUUUUCUCGAUGACUCCAGAAAAAGAAUUUCACUUUGAACAACUGCGAUCGAAGCUAAUGAGUUAUGAGUCAAUCGAAAGAGAUCAACAAGGCAUUCUUCAGAUUGUCUGUUACCAUUUCAUCAACCUUGGAUCCAUCUAUGCCAUAGAUCCUAACAUGAGGGAACGAGCCGUUCGGUUCAUUGCGACGUUUGCAGAAAUCAAGUACCCAGAUGAAGAUCCAAUGGAUUUGGUAAAGCAAAUGCUUGUUAAAGAUGCAAUCACAUACAUAAGUUCUGACAAAGAUCCUUUUAUAGAAUGGUCUUACAGCUGUUUAGCUGUUAUUGCAGAAUACUUUUCAUUUAAAGAACUAGAAGACCUGCUUAAGUCAUACGAUUUUAUCGAAGAAAACAUCGCAUCGGUGUUGGCAAAUAUUGGUUGUUUAUUACAUCGAUGGUCAAAGGCCGAUCACACAUUUUGGGAGAACCAGCGACAAAAAGAUCUCACAAACAGUGAGAAAUGUUUCGAGCAUGCUGUUUUGAAUUUCCCAAAUAACACAACAUUGUUAGCUGAAUAUGCACAUUUUCUGUUGGUUCAAGAACGAUAUGAAGAUGCUAUUGCGAUUGGACGAAGAUGUAUUGCAGAAAAAGAAGAGAAUACCAAAUGCCCGUCUAUGCGUUUUGGAAUAGAAGACAGAGAUUCAGUUGACAAUGCAAUUGCAAGACAUAUUAAUUUUGAGGGGAAGAUAGCGGCUCCACCAAAGAUAUUUGGAUUCUUUGUUACGGUUGUUGCAUUGAAACGCCAAGGGAACGCAGAAGAUGGGCGAAACAUUUUAAGGGAUUUCUAUAGCGAAGUCGAAAAGGUGCAUCGAGAUUUGAAGUAUGAUUCUCUGUCGUUAUAUGGCUAUGCUUGCAUGACUCUCGGCCUGUAUAAGGAAGCCAAACAGCCGUUCAUACGUGCUGACGAAUUGAAACGUGGGAAACUACAAGAAGACAACUUAGAGAUAUGCAACAAAGCUAUGGCUUCUUAAGGGCAAGUGACACAUAUUUGGAAGUGACGAAUCAGUUAAGCAAGUGUUAGUUUUUCCUUUUUUCUCACAUGACAGUACAUCUAAGCAAGUUUAUUUCAACAGACCAAUGGAUAAGCUCCAUGUUUGUAGGUUAAGAUGCUGGAACGUUGGUGAUUUAGAUUAACUUGCUGAACAAAAUGAAUUCACUUGAUCUAAUUUCUAAUAAUUAUAUUUUUAAUACGUUUACCAUUGCAUGCAUUAAUUUCCUUAGUUAACAAUGUCUUCUUGUUUUGGAAUGUGACUCAUGUGUGCAGUUGUACAAACUCGUGUAAAGUUAAUUACAGUAUUUAGCAAACAUAUCAAUGGUAAUAAUUGUUGUUUAUUGAUAUUCAGGUGAGCUUUAUAGGAUCAUGUUUACCCUCUUAUUUUUUGUAAUAUUAUAUAAUUAUAUUAAUACAAUAAAUA